CCCACCCUCUCGAGUCUCAGGUCACGGAAGUGAACCAAACUGGUCAAAGCCGGAACCAGUUCUCAGAGCUCCAAAAUGGUGAUGGAGAUGGACUGCAGAAAUUGGAACGAAGACGACUACAGAGAUACCAUAGUACAAGAAAGAGAGCUACAGUGUCGAACCGUUUUCCGAACCGCUUUUGCCCCAUCUCAAAACCGUAAUCCUGACCUCAUCGUCACCGCCUCCAGCGAUGGCUCAAUCGCUUCUUACUCUCUCUCCCAUUGUCUCGGUUUAGGGUUUGGAAAUGCCAGGGCUGAGAAUGUGUUGGUGGCUGAGUCCGACUGUUUCAUUCAAGGGCAUGAUGGACCUGCUUACGAUGUCAAGUUUUACGGUCACGGUGAAGAUUCCUUGUUAUUGAGUUGUGGGGAUGAUGGUCGGAUUCGAGGAUGGAGGUGGAAGGAAAUUUUGAGUUCAGAUGUGUCUAUGCAAGGAGGCCAUUUGAAGUCUGUACUCAAUUUGGUGAAUCCUCAACAUAAAGGUCCUUGGGGUGCACUUUCCCCAAUCCCAGAGAACAAUGCAAUUGCUUUUGAUUUUCAGGGAGGAUCCAUUUUUGCGGCUGCUGGUGAUUCUUGUGCAUAUUGUUGGGAUGUGGAAAAAGGUGAAAUCAAAAUGGUUUUCAGGGGGCAUUCGGACUAUUUGCAUUGUAUUGUUGCCCGCAAUUCUCGAAAUCAGAUCGUAACUGGUUCAGAGGAUGGGACAGCUCGAAUAUGGGAUUGCAAAAGUGGAAAGUGUGUACAAGUAAUUGAUCCGAAGAAGGAUGAGAAGUUGAAAGAAUUCUUUCCAUGUGUUAGCUGCAUUGGUCUCGAUGCAAGUGAGAGCUGGUUGGCUUGUGGAAGUGGUCAGACUGUAUCAGUUUGGAGUCUUACUGCUGGUGAAUGCAUAUCAAGGAUCUCCACUCAUGCUUCUAUCCAAGAUGUCCUGUUUGACGAAAAUCAAAUUUUAGCAGUUGGAGCAGAACCCCAGCUUAGUAGAUUUGACAUGAAUGGGGUUAUUCUCUCACAAAUUCAAUGUGCUUCCCAGUCUGCGUUUUCUGUCUCCUUGCAUCCAUCGGGUGUAACAGCUGUGGCUGGUUAUGGAGCUUUAGUAGAUAUUAUCUCACAGUUUGGAAGCCACUUGUGCACAUUCCGGUGCAGAUGCCAAUGAAUGAAGUUUACCAAGCAUAGGCUUAUGAUGGCAUUCAUUGAUGAAUUUAGUUUUACCAGAAAGAGCAGAGGAAAGGCUUUACAAGUAAGAAGGUGACAGUGUCCAGCCAAAUUGUUGCUCGUAGUUCAGCAUAGAUUGCUGUUGUACCCUUGAUUCGCAGUUUAUGAGCAACAUUACUACAAUUAUGUGAGCCAGUGUUAGACCGAUGACGGUUUGUUCCGGUUAAUCUGUGAAAAUGCUGAUUACAUAUAUAUGAUGUUUCUUAUUUGGAUCAAAGGAUUGAGGUAGCAAUUUCCAUGCGACGUUAAGAUUGGAUGGCAAGGAAAGGUACCUAUUUUUGUAAACUUUAGUCAGUGGCAUAAUGGUCAUUGGUCACUAUGCAAAGCAUGCAAGAAGUUGUCCAAAUAUGAUAUUUUGCUGAGAA